AUGCGCUCUUCUUCCAAAAAACGCUCCCUCGAGGAGAUCAUAAACAAAUCCGACUCAGAUGACGAAGACUACGACGAUCACCAACCUCGCUCCUCGGGACGCGCAAAGUCGCGGUCGACAUCGAAGAAGGUUAAGCGCUCGAAGAAACGCCAACGUCGGGGCUCGAGCGAUGAUGAUCUCCUUUCGGAUGACGACGAUUUAGGCGGGGAUAGUUCUUUCGACGAUGACGAAGAAGAUUCAGAUGACCCGAAUAUCGAACGGAAUGCCAGAGGCAGCAAGCGUCGUCAAACAACCCAGAAGCAGCUGGUGUACGCGGAACCAUCUUCUGAUGACGAGGAUGAGGCGAAGGAUGAGGAUGAGGAUGAGGAUGAGGAUGAGGAGGAUGCUGAUGCCUCUCCUCCGCAGAAAAAGAGCAAAGUGAUUUCUCUGAAAGUUCCACCGGAGGCUUUUGAUAAUAGACGAAUCACCCGUCGACAUCGAGGCCCCUCGGAAGACAUGUAUGCUCUGACCAAUUCGGGCCACCACAUGGAGACUAUUCGGCGUGGUACGCGUAGCCCUGAGACUGCACUUCCGCCACGGCACGGAUCCAGGAGUAAUCGAGCGGUCAAGCAGCUUCCCCUCGAUGGAGUGUACGAAGAAUCCAAAGUCGAUCAAGAAGAGGAGGCUGUGGAGGAGAAUGUUGUUGAGGGCUCUCAGCCAGAGAUCAUGGAGAGUGACCCCGAGGCUGAAGCAGAAAAGGCUGACGCUGUGAUGGCCGACGACGAGGGUGUCGUCCCCGAAUCUGAUACGGUGGAAGCCAAAGCCGAUGAAGCCGAAGAGGAGGAUGAGGACGACGACGAAGGUCCGGUAGUGCCACGGCGGUUGCGACGGCAAUCAAAGCAAUCGGCCGAGGCAGAAGAUGACGCACAGGUGCGCCGGUCCGGCCGAAAGAAGCCCGCAUCCCAGCGCAAGUCGAAGACUGAAGAGAGCGACUUCGAACCCGAUGAAGAGGAAGAAGAAGAGGACGAGGAUGCGGUGUCAGAAACUGGUCCGUCCCAUGGCUCGCCUCGCAAAAGUCAUGCCGAAGAAGAGGAGGACAGCUCCACCAGCCGGCGUGCUGGUCUGCGUAAGCGAGGCUCUCGAUCUCGUGGAGUUUCUGAACUCCCAGAAGCAGUCGAGUUGGCUGAAGAGCUAGAGGACCUGCGAGGUGGUCGUCGACGUCGUCGUCUGCCGGAAAUCAUUCACGAGAAACCUCGACGCAAUCGCAAGGACGUUGAUUACCGUCUCAUUCGACCGGAUCUGCUAUUUCCCCUCGAGGAGGCUGAGAAUGAAGUAAACGAAUCUCCCUCCCGACGUGGUCGCGGUGGAGGUGGCUCGAGCUGGCAGCGCACUCUCUUUCCGACUUACGGCCCCUUUGGUGGUGCUGGCUCUUCCGCAAUUCUUGGCCCUCCCGGUGCACCUGCUGCCGCGGGAGGUGCUGAUAGUGACAGCAGCGAUGACGAGCCUGUGUCUCAUCCCAAAGGUCCUCCUGGCCUAGCUUCUGGCGGAGGUAUUGCCCCUCAAGGCCACUCGGCUGAUGCCGCUCAAGGUGCUUCUGGUACCCCGGCAAACUUGGGCAAGAUGAAGGACAAGCAGGCCUUGGCCGAUGCGGACCCCUUGGGUGUGGACAUGAAUGUUAAUUUUGACAAUGUUGGAGGCCUGCAGGGACACAUCGAUCAACUGAAGGAGAUGGUUUCCCUCCCUCUCUUGUAUCCGGAAAUCUUCCAACGGUUCCACAUUGUUCCCCCGCGUGGUGUAUUAUUCCAUGGACCCCCUGGUACGGGAAAGACGCUUCUGGCUCGCGCUCUGGCGAACAGCGUCAGCUCCGAGGGCCGCAAGGUGACCUUCUACAUGCGAAAGGGAGCGGAUGCAUUGAGCAAAUGGGUUGGUGAAGCUGAGCGACAGCUUCGUCUCCUGUUUGAAGAGGCUCGCAAAACGCAACCCAGUAUCAUUUUUUUCGACGAGAUUGAUGGUUUGGCUCCUGUGCGGUCAAGUAAACAGGAACAGAUUCAUGCUUCAAUUGUAUCGACUCUCCUCGCGUUGAUGGACGGCAUGGACGGUCGUGGUCAAGUGAUUGUCAUCGGUGCGACUAAUCGGCCAGACUCUGUUGACCCGGCCCUUCGCCGACCAGGCCGCUUUGACCGUGAAUUCUACUUCCCGCUACCAAAUGUUGAAGGGCGGCGUGCUAUUCUUGAUAUCCACACCAAAGGCUGGGACCCGCCCCUUCCAGACAACAUCAAAGAUGAACUUGCAGAGAUCAGCAAGGGCUAUGGUGGUGCGGAUUUGCGGGCCCUUUGUACUGAGGCUGCCCUCAAUGCGGUGCAGAGAAGAUACCCUCAAAUCUACAAAUCCGACAAGAAGCUCGUGAUUGAUCCGAAGAUGAUCGACGUGACCCCCAAAGAUUUCAUGAUUGCAAUCAAGAAGAUGGUCCCCUCGUCGGAACGCUCGACUGCGUCCGGCGCAUCCGCCCUGCCGAAGAACGUUGAGCCUCUGCUGCGCCGGCCAUUACUCGACAUCGAGGCAUUGCUGUCAGAGAUUCUGCCCCAGAGGAAACAACUCACUGCUCUGGAAGAAGCUCACUUUGAAGAGCCCGAAGAUGCACGUGGGUUCAAACGCGAACAAAUCAUGUCAGAAUUCGACCGAUCGCGAGUUUUCCGGCCUCGGAUGCUUCUCCGCGGUGCUCAGGGUAUGGGCCAGCAGUACCUUGCAGCCGCCCUCCUGCAUCAUUUCGAGGGUCUCCAUGUACAGGCGUUUGACCUUCCCACUCUCCUCAGCGACUCGACCCGCUCGCCUGAAGCAACCGUCAUCCAACUCUUUGCGGAGGUCAAGAGACACAAGCCCAGUGUGAUCUACAUCCCGAACAUUCAAAUAUGGUAUGAGACCGUGGGUCCGGCUGUAAUGUCAACAUUCAUGGGCCUUCUACGAUCCGUGCCGCCCACCGAUCCUGUUCUGCUCCUUGGCGUCCUCGAGGUGACAGGCGACGACUUGUUGAUAGAUGAUGAGAGGCCGGCCGCUAAUCAGAUGGAACAAAGUCUAUUGAAGACCCUGCCUGGUCCGUUGAAAAACUUGUUUGGAUUUUCGAAGAAGAACAUCUACGAUCUCGCUGCCCCUGACAAUGCGGCGCGUUAUGAAUUCUUCAACAACAUCAUCGAAUACGUCAAGACGCCGCCUGCCGACUUCCCCGACCCCGAGAAACGCAAAAAGCGAAAACUGGAGGAGUUGGAGGUCGCACCGCCACCACCACCAAAGGCCGAGACGCCACUUACCAAGGAGCAGAUGAAGGCUCAGAAAAAGAAGGACCGUCAGACCUUGAACCUGUUGAAAAUCCGCAUCCAGCCCAUCAUGGAUCAGAUUAAGAAGUACAAGCGCUUCCGAUCUGGUGUCAUUGAAGAGUCUCAGAUUCGAUACCUGUGGGAAGAGGAAGAUCCGAAUAUUGUGACCAGUGAUCUUCCCCCGGAAGAGCAAGCCAUCCAUCGACCGUUUGAGAAAGCGUACGAUAAACAUGGCGUACCCGGUCUUCGUGAAGUUGCAACCGGCAAGUUCUUCUACAACAUGGAAAUCGUGACUAUGGAGAAACGCCUCUCCAACGGGUACUACAAACGCCCAACUGAUUUUCUGGCCGACAUCAAGCGGAUCGCCAAGGAUGCUCGUCAAUUCCACGACCAAGAACGGUUGCUGAGAGCAAAUGAGCUUCUUUCUAAUGUUGAGGUCGAUAUUUCUACCAUUGAACAGACCGAGCCUGCUCUUGUUUCUGAGUGUGAGAAUGUCUACACUCGGGAAUUGGCCCGCGAGAAGGAAGCGGUAGAGCGUGCAAAGCGGGUUGCCGAGGCUGAGGAACGUCUAGCGACGGCUCAUUUCGGAACGGGCAACGUCCCGCACGGAAACACUGAGUCGGCCCCGUCAUCUGGCCCGGUCCAUCUGGGUGAAUGGCUCUCCGGGGACGCCGGGCGCCCAGUAACUCCUACGCGAAAGUCGAAUGUGAGCUUCACAAAUGGGUACCACCAAGGUGGUGGCUCAGACCUGAAUGAUACCGUCCCCCAUGGCGGUCUCAGCAAUGGCUCUCACGAAGAUGAAGAUGGCGAUGUGUUCAUGGCCAAUCCUGAGGGCAAUUCGGGCAGCAAAGAGACACAGACCAGCUCCUUUGGGCCUUCCGCACAGCCAAAACCGCCAUAUUCGUACACAGCGCCUUCUCAGCAGCUCCGGCGCGAAUCUGGUCUCUCUAGUCUUCCCCAGGACAGCCCCAUCACUCCGAUGGCUCCGGGCUCGCAGCCGGCGGACUACACCAAUGAAGCAUCAACUACCCAAACGACUUCGGACAAGAAAUCGUCGGCGCAGUCGUCGAAUCAACACCACACUCAAAGCUUCAAUGCUGGACAGGGCAUGAGGCACGAUGGUCCAGAUUUGUCUUUGUACCCAGACCGUGUGUCGCAGGAGGAGCAUCUCCCAGAUACGCAGCAAGGUGGCAGCAGCCAGUUCUCGCCGCCUCGCCAAGAUGCUGCACACUCGGAGAACAGCGUGCUGAAUGGAAGCCAGUCACAAUCCAAGCCGCAGCCUCCACUAUUCGAUGCCCCGUCCAAGCCUGAAAGCAACGGCCCCGCCGACCUGCAAUCGUUGCUCAACGACGAGCCCUCACCCACGCUGAUCAUUGACCCUUCGUACGUCGACAGUCUGCACGAGCAACUCGCCCAGCGCACCAGUGGCUGCUCCGUGGAGCAACUGGAGCAGAUCAGCACCAACCUGAUGGACUACAUCUGGCGCAUGCGCGGUGAAUGGAAUCGCACCCUUGUCGCGACGGGUAUCACGGAGACCUUCAAUGCUGUCCUGGAGGACAUUCAGUCGUUGCAGGAGAUCGGGCCCAUCAGCCAGAAGUCGAAGGAGCAGUUGUGGAACGCGGGUUUCCGGGUGUAA